AUGAACAGCUUCGCCAACACAAGUGGCCUCUACAACCACUCCGAGCCCAUUCUUCCAACUCCGUCACCAGGCACGUGCUCCCUUCUCACGGGGCUGGAGCGAGAGAACAUCACGGCCAACAUCUUUCAGCCGUGCUGUUCCAAAGCGUCACCUUCCGGCUUCGAGCACUCCAAGUGUACUUGUGAUGGCAACAGUUGCGAAACGUGUAUUGUGCAGCACGCCGAGGAGUUCAAGCUCAUUUCUGCACAGUGCAACACCAACACCAGCGCUGCACGGGGGAGGACCAACCCCAGCAUGUUUGCCAUAGUAUUUGUCGUCUUGUGUCUUGCCCUGCAGGCGUCUGGGUUUUCUAUACCGACAUAG